AUGUAUGCAGAAAAAUUAGCUACGAUAUCAGGUUUUAUUUUUGCAAUUUCUGACGAGUAUCUGGCUGAAGUUCCUUUUGCAUUUGUUGAUUUAAUAUUCGAGAUAAAAAAGACUGCUCUUUUAUCAAACCAACACAAAAUAGCAAAGGAUUACUGAAAUAAAACACCGUUUCAUUUUAUUUGAAACUUUGGUAAUCCUUUCCUAUUUUUUCUCACUGUUCCAGUUACUCCGAAUCCUUGAUUUGCUAAAAUUCUGAAUAAUUUAGGAUUUGAAUAUCAAUCGCCGCAAUACAAGUGAUACCAGUUUGAUCUUAAUUCUCCAAUCAGUUUCAGCGUCACAGCCAUUACGAUAUUAUUUUCUAUUUUUGCUGAUUUCAGGGUAAAUUUCAUAAUCUCAUAA